CAGUCUCAGUUGUUGGACAGGGACCUGCGGACGCUGCAGACUGAACUGAUGGAGGCGUCUCUGAGCGACACGUCCGGACUCAGCUUUUUCGAACAUUUCCACAUCUCACCCAUCAAGCUCCAUCUCAGUCUGUCUCUGGGCUCCGGCGGCGAGGACUCGGCUCAGGAAGUGGCAGCCAUUCAGUCUCUUAACCUGCUGCUGAAAAGUAUCGGAGCCACGCUGACCGACGUUGAUGACCUGAUCUUCAAGCUGGCCUUCUUCGAGGUCAAGUACCAGUUUUACCGCAGAGAGAAGCUGAUGUGGGCCGUAGUCCGACACUACACCGAGCAGUUCUUGAAGCAGAUGUACGUUCUGGUUCUGGGCCUGGACGUCCUGGGAAACCCGUUCGGACUGAUCCGAGGUCUGUCUGAGGGAGUGGAGGCCUUCUUCUAUGAACCUUUCCAG